UACCCAGUAGCCGUUGACGGCUCUUUAGGUGACGGAUCGAGUCCAGUAUUACAAUUUUCUUUUACCCCUUUUCCUUUAUUUUUUGGGCCAAAAAAAGAGAAAAGGAUUGCAAGUAAGCAGCCGAACACCUUAUUUGUCUGUAUGGUACAACUGAUUUCUUUAUUGGUACGAUCUACUGCAAAGACCGUAUGUGUUUGACUAUGCAGGAGGAUAACGUUGCUUAGCUAGCUGGGUCACUUGCUAGAAAGCUACGCGAUAGCAUUAGCUAACCUCAUUCUGCGAUACAACCUCGAGACAAGUCGGGACAAGACCAGUCUCAGGGCUCACCAUACUCAAUGAGCGGACAGCGCAAUGUCAGAGCGCUCUGGGCAAACUGCAAAGGGGAAGGAAGGCAAAACCAAGUAUGCGUCUCUCAACCUGUUUGAUACAUACAAAGGAAAGAGCCUUGAAACACAAAAGCCUGUUGUUCCCCCCCGCCAUGGCCUGCAGUCUCUUGGUAAAGUUGCCUCCGCACGGCGUAUGCCACCACCUGCCAACCUGCCCAGUCUGAAGGCAGAGAACAAAGGCAACGAUCCAAACGUCUCGCUCGUUCCCAAAGACGGCUCAGGAUGGGCAAGCAAACAGGAACAAGCAGCGGACCCAAAGAGUACCGAUGCAUCGCCAGCACCGCAGCCGGAAUUGCAGCAGCCUGUGGCUUCACCGACACCUGCACCGACCCGCCCGAGAACCCCGCCAGUUUCAGAGCCUCUGGUGCCAGCUUCAACCCAGGCCGCAGGGGCAAGGUCUUGGGCACAGGCCAGUGGUACACAUGGAACACAAGGGGAUGGUGGAAAGGCAUUAAACCAACAGUCGCCAUUCUCUCGCGAGGAAUUUCCCACCCUGCAGGCGGCUGGCGACCAGGACAAAGUUGGCAAAGAACCGGGCACUGCAGAUCAGUGGUAUGGGCCCGUACCAAACCUCCGCCCCCAGAACGUUACAAGUUGGCGGGACGGUGGGGGCCGACCCAUGGCGCCCACCCUGUCUGGGGAGGGGGCAGUGGAGGGUGGCCUUGGUGGGGCUCUGGUGAUGGAUGGGGCAGCUGGGGUCCCCCUUCCGAACUCUCAGUCCCACGGGCCACCUAGGAACCCUCCCGCAGGCAGCCCCGCCUUGCCACUGCCCCAGCCCCCUGUGGGACCUGGGUUCCCGCAAUACAGAGGGAUCAUGCCUCCAUUCAUGUAUCCUCCCUACCUGCCCUUUCCGGGUCCUUAUGGCCCUCAGGGGCCCUACAGGUACCCGGGACCCGGGGAAGGGCCCCCGCCAAGGUUCAGGCAGGCUGUUCCUCAGGGCGGCCAACGUGAAGGAGGUGGAGAGGGGCCGAAGCGACCCUCUAUCCUAAAGCAGGAUGACCUGAAGGAGCUAGACGAGCUGGACCACGACGGAGAUGACGGAUGGGCCGGCGCUCAUGAGGAGAUUGAUUACUCUGCCAAGUUGAAGUUCAGUGAUGAUGAAGGUGAAGAAGAGGGGGAAGAGGAGAGAUCCGAGAGUAAGAAUGAAUUACGUGAGCAGCAGAGGUCCCAGGAUGCUCCCCCUGCAGCCUCUCGCUCUCGAGCCUCGGACAGCGGCGGUGAAUCUCGCCGCACUCCCCCCUCUAAUGCUGACAAUGGUCCGCAACCCCCCUCCAGCAAGCCAGGAUGGGCCGAGGAGGGAGGCGCUGGCGUGGGAGGCCAAGGAGCAGCAACAAACUUCCAGGACCGGGCCCAAAACCAGGGUACCUCUCAAGGCCCGGGGAAGCCUCUGCCCGCCCAGCACCAGCCAGCACCAGGAGGCCCCUCUCCAAAUGCCCAGCCUCAGGACAACGAUGAGGAUGAGACUUGGCGCCAGCGCAGGAAGCAGUCCUCCACUGAGAUCUCUGCUGCUGUAGAGCGAGCCCGUCGCCGCCGCGAGGAGGAAGAACGUAGGAUGGAGGAAGAGAGACGUGCAGCCUGUGCAGAGAAGCUGAAGAGGCUGGACGAGAAGCAGCAACAGCAGCUGGGCAGCAACACAGACGGUGGUAGCGAAUGUAAAAGCCCCAGUCUGGAUGGAAACUCUACUGCUGCCACUGGAGGCAGCCCUUGUCCAUCUAUUUCAGCCUCUGCAUCCUCCCCUAACAUCAGCCAGCCCCCAUCCCCCUGUGUUGACCCCGAGGAGCCUCCAGUGCUGCUUGUCCAGCCGGGGUCCAGUCCUGGAAUCAUCGAACGUCAGCGAGCCAGCAGCAACAGCAGCUAUGACUCCAGUGCAGAAGCGCCGCAGUGUCCCCAGCCGGUUGUGUCACAGCCCCUGCAGCCCGCACUGGACGUGCCUUUACCAGAGGAAACCAAGGAAGAGACCGUUAGCGCCACACACAUUCGUGCUAGUAGUGGAGGUGAAAGAGGAGUCGACCCGGUGAAGAUGGAGAAUAUCGGAGGGGGAGCAAGUCGUCAAGCUGGAGGUCCUCCAGGCCAGGGUUACUCGAAGUACCAGAAGUCUCUUCCACCUCGGUUUCAGAGGCAGCAGCAGGAGCAGCUCCUGAAGCAGCAGCAGCAGUGGCAGCAGCAGCAGCAGCAGCAGCAACAACAGCAACAGCAACAGCAGCAACAACAACAACAGCAACAACAGCAGCAACAGCAGCAGCAGCAACAGCAGCAGCAGCAGCAGCAGCACAGCCAGGCUUCACAAAGCCAGCUGUCCCCCCAGCCCCAGCCUCAGCAGGGUCCUUCACCGGGUUCAACACCCCAGCCAGGCCCUGGACCUAAGCAGGGUGGCCCCAUGUAUCAACCCGGCAACAUGGUUCGACCCCCGCCCCUGCCAAUGAAUUUCGACCCUCGCUGGAUGAUGAUGCCCUACAUGGACCCCCGCAUGAUGCAGGGCCGCCCUCCACCUAUGGACUACUAUUCAGCAGGCAUGCACCCGUCUGGGCUUAUUGGGCGUGAACGGUCUGAUUCAGGGGGGUCUGGUUCAGACCCCUUUGAUAGGCAGCAACAGCAUCCUGGGCAUCCACACCGUGGGACCCCCCCUAUGGAUCCUAAGAUGGCCUGGGGGCAGGAGGUAUUCCCUGGUGGAGUAGAGGGCCGUGGACUAACCUCCCCACUCAGACAGAAGCAGGCAUUGGAGGAUGACGAUGUGGCCAAAGGGCCCAGGAGCGACACUCCUCCUCAUCGCAUUCAAGAGGGUAGAUUGGGACCCAUUCAGCAGCCCAGCUCCACCUCUGGGACAUCCAAUCAGACACCGCCGCUAGUUGGCAAUCAAGUUGGGACCCAGGGCCACCACCCUCAUCACUACAUGAGUGGGCGGGGCAACUACAGCAACUUCCCUGACCAGGGUGGGAGGAUGCAUCCCCACCAACAACAGAGGGCGGAGAGGGGAAAUCAGCAGCACGCCUACACCCACCAGGAAGAAGGACCUCCACGAGGGUCUCAGCAGGGACAGAUAUGGGGAACCCCUCACCCUCACUAUGAUCGCAACGGCCGUACUGAACAUCCCCCAAUUGAGAGCAACUCUCAUCUCCACCACCAUCACAGCCACCACCCUCAGCAGCCUCACUUCCCUCUCCAUGGCCAUAAGCCAGAGAACAACAGAGACAGGGUUGUUGAGGCGCCUGCUAAGAAGACCGACUCUUCUCCCCCAGUCAACCAACCUUCCCUCUCAUCCUCUUGCUCUUCCUCCUCCUCAUCUGUCAGAGAAGAUGGGAAUGUCAAAGCUGUCCUGCACCAUCACCCGAAUCAGAGAGAGAGUGAAGGGCACAGUCAGGCAGAAAGAGGCAACAGUGGCAGUAACAACCAUAUGAAACAGGAGAAAACCGGCCCAGCAUACACUCCCCAUUCCUCCAUGACCCCUAGCCCAACCCCCACUCAACAUGGCACUCAAACUCAGCCUCAGCCUCAGCCUCAGCCUCAGCAGCAGCAGCAGCAGCAGCAGCAGCAGCAGCAGCAGCAGCAGCAGCACCACCCUCAUGCUAAACCAAACCAAAGAGGGGGGCGGGAACACAAAACGGAGACCCAGUGGGGCCCACGACCUGGAAGCAGCAAUACUGGUGGGGGGUCCUCUCAUGGUAGGAGGGCCAACAAUGCUGGAGGUGGGAACCACUCCCGUGGAGGGGAGGACUCUAACAAUCCAUCGGACCACAAACCCUCCAACCAGACAGGAGGCAGCAAUGCCAACAGGAGGGCCGGCCCAAUUAAGAAGCCGGUGCUGAAAGAGAUGAAGAGAGACGGAGGGGAAGCUGAUGGAGGAGAAAAGAAUAUCUUUAGUAAGGAUAAAGAGAAGGAUAGUAGCCAAACCACCUCGGUGAAGCAGGAAGGCUCCUCCACUUCCCAGAACACAUCAGCUCCAUCUAAAGAUGAGCCAGCUCAGACAGCCAAACCCAGGAAUGGAGGAAAAGAACGAGAACGAGGAGGAGGAGGAGGAGGAGGGGGCGGGGGCGGGGGCGGGGGCGGGUCUGGGUCUGGUAGAGGGCCCAAAGAUGGAGAUGCCACUUCUUUAGGAUUUUCAGGUUCCUCCUCCAGGAGGGACAGGGACCGCUCCUUUGAGAGAGGAGGAGGCCCCCCCCACCACCAUGGGGUCCCUGCCAAAGGCAGCAGAGUCAGUCGCGGACGAGGGGGAGAGUUCUACGGCCGUGGCCGUGGUUUCCGUGGCGCUUACACCGCCGCCGCUGCUGCUGGGCCCACUCCCGGCGGUCGGGGCAGAAUGGGUGGCAGGAGCGGCAGAGACUACCGUUCAUCUGUCGGCGGUGGCCACAACCACGAGUCAAAGGGCGAGGGAGCCGGGGGUCGUCACGGUCAGGAUCGGUCCCAGCAUAACCCGGCCAGAGCCAGGAACCGCAGUGAAACCCGAAGCGAGGGCUCAGAGUACGAGGAAAUUCCCAAGAGAAGGAGGGAGAGAGGCUCAGAGACCGGGAGUGAGAGCGGUGCAAGUGACCUCGGCCCCUCUGACAAGGACGAACACCCGAAACCCAGCAAGAAUGGCUCUGACAACGCCAAUGCCACCGGCAGCGGUAACAUGUCAUCUGCACCACCCAGAGGAUCCCAGGCCCGGGUGUUUACACCAAGAGGUGUGCCCUCAAGGAGGGGCAGGGGUGGAGGAAGUGGAGGAAGUGGAGGAGGAAAUAUGUACAGAAGUGGUGGCAAUGUUGGAGGCCCACCAGGGGGACACAGGGGCGGACCCGGCCCCGCCUCUCAGGGUGGGUCCUCCAAGUCAUCAGGCUCAGCCCGAAAGCAACAAGGCCCGCCUCAUACAUCUGGACCCAAAGACUCGGGCAGGGGAGGAAAUGGAGGAGAGAAGAAAGACAAAAUAGCUGAUGCUAGUCAAACUCAAAGUCAGGGGUCCAAUCCCCCUCAGCCGCCUCUCCCCGCUGCACCUCCUGCCAGCUUAUGUUCCACUGAAAAUGGAGGAGUUGUGACGCAGCAAGCUUCGACCAAUCCUACGCCAAACUCCGGAGGGCCAAACGCUCCUCUUCCCACUAACCGUGGGUUCCCUCCCAGCGGGUUUGAGCGCCCACCCAGACGUCGUCGUCAUGGGCGGUCCCAGCACCAGCAGGACAAGCCCCCCCGCUUCCGUAGACUGAAGGAGCGAGAAAAUGCAGCACGCAUCAACGGAGGAGUGGGGGUCAUCGGUGGAGGAAGGCCCUCCUCCCCUUCCCUGAAUUCAGUUCAGGACAGUAACGGAGCACCCGCCUCAGCCCCUGUCACGGGCAAUGCCCAAAAUACUAACCACACCACACUAACAACCAACAAUAACAGUGGUGGCGGGCAUCUCGGCAAUGCAAAUAAUCACCAUCAUCACCACUACAACCAGGGCAACGCCGGACCGACGCACCCCCAGCACCACCACAGCCACGGAGCAAAGUCCCCCGACUUCACCAACCAGAACUCGGACCAGGCCAACGAGGAAUGGGAGACUGCCUCCGAGAGCAGCGACUUCACAGAGUUCAGAGACAGGGAGGGAGGAGGAGGGGGGAAGACCUAUUCUUCUCACCAUCCCCACCACGUGGGAAGGGGUGGAGGGGGAGGUGGUGGCGCGGUCGACCGCGACAUGUCGGGGAAAGAGCCCUUGGCUAAUAAAAGAAGCUUCUCAAGCCAGCGUCCAGGCAUGGAGCGACAGAACCGAAGGGUCAACCAUGGAGGAGGAGGAGGAGGUGGUGGAGGUGGUGGUGGUGGUGGAGGAGGAGGGGGAGGAGGAAGAGGCCCACGAGGGCCGCCCGGUGGCGGCUCCGGUGGUCCCGGAAAUGGAGGAGGCAACCGCGGGGAGAGGCGUGGAAACUGGCCCUCCCCGAAAAAUAGGAAGUGAUGAAAAACAUUUCAGAUGAACCCCACCCACAUUAAAAACACCCUCUUACAUCCUAAUCCCUUUUUGAUAAUUACUUCAUGGCUUAUCUGUUGGCAUCCCUAAACAUAUUAGUGCAUUGAACAGUUCAUGGAGAUGGUAUUUACCUUCACUUCUUCCCCUUAGCAUCAACCCACUAUCUACCGUCCGUUAUUGUACAUUUUUCCGUUUGUUCCGUCUUGCUCUCCGUUCAGUUGUGCCCCCUCCCGCCCCCUGCCUCCCUUAUCUUCCCUCAAGAACCUCACCCCAGUUGGAUUUUAACAAGCAUGUGGUUCUGCAAAUGGGAGGUGCACGACGUUUUGACAGACAUUCACACAGAGAUCCACACACACUCACAUAUACAAGCACAAAUCAGACAUCUUUACGAACACACGGAACACAUGCAGUCAUGUGGGUGCAAAAUGAAAAACGGGGGAUUAAAUUGGCAAAAAUGGAUUGGGCAAAUUUUUAUAUUUAUGUACCUGUGUAUAUUUCUACCACACUUUGGCCUUGGGUGGUAUUCAGUAGUGCAGUGCUGCAUUACUUCCCUCACAAAGGGAAAAAGCUGCAGCUUCAUCUUUUAACGUGAACAAUGUACCAUAAGAUGUUUUCUCUUUGUGUCUUUUUUUUGGCCUUGUGUCAGAUGAGUUUCAACCUCUCAGCAAAUGUUAGGGGUGUGGGUAUUUUCUUCUAAAACGCAGGUAAUUAAAAAACCUUUUUAAUAAAUUCCCCAAAUCCCCUUUUUGAUGACUUUUUGGUCUCUUGCAAACUGUCUAUGAUUACUGUGAUAAGACCCAUCAAAGUACUACUGCUUAGUGCUCACCUACACUUUGCAUUGAUCACAUUGAUUUGUCUUUAAUAUCAAUGUUUCUGCUGCUUGUUCAGAUAGAUGGUGUGAUUUUGUCCCAACCCCUAAAAAGUUGUUGACCUGCUCUGACAUUUCAUUUGGUAGUGGUUGGUCCUUUUUAGGAAAUGAUGGCUUUUUAGCCUCAUCGUAGCAUCCUCCUUAAGUUCUGCAUCAGUUUCCCCAAGUUUUAUUCUCUCAUUUGUAAGUUUUGUUUACCCUUUGAAGACUGUAUUAAUAGCUUAAUGGCUUUAUUUUAACAACCAUUAUUUCCUCAGUGACUUCCAUUUGUAUGGAAACACUUUUUUUUUUCUCUGAAGAUAAAAUACCUAUCGAUCUUGUGAGGGGGGAAAACGAGUUAAGUGAAAAUGUAGGUCAUGUUAGAAUUAAGAAAAAAAAAAGUUUGACUUUCAUAAAAGUUGUUUAUGCUUCAAUAGGUAAUUAAAUAUAUGUUCUAAUAAGCACUCCUUGUAGUAUAACAACAAUCCCAUUUUUGCAGUUUUUUUUAGUUUUUUUUCUUCUUUGUUUUUUUUGGGCAAGUUACAUGUCAUGCAUCAGGACAGGUACUCUGUCUGGGCCCAGAGUACAGAGAUAAGGAUGAAUAUUGUACUAAAACACCCCCUCUGUGUACUCUUGUGGAGACUCCUCACACUGAGAAAGGACUAAUACCAAGAGCUCUGAGUCUGACAAAGUACUUUUCAAAGUGUGUGUUAAUGGGAUGGCUGUUCCAGGACAACCAGAAGCCCAAACUAAUAGAUUUCAGGACAAUGCUGCAACACAGUUUCCAAGAUUUCACUCGCAACAAAUAAUGCAGACCUGGAGUGUUGUGAAAAUAUUUGGAUUGAUGUAGAAUUACACAUGUAAACAUAGUUUGUAUCAUACUUAAAAUACAUAAAAUGGCACACAGACGGAAUCCAACUAAAAUCGAUUUAUACAUCUGCAUCAAUUCUGUCACUGCUGUAAGUUGGGGUGUGUUUGUUUACUGACAACAGUUGAUGGGAUGUUGUGAGUAGGGCAUUUGAUGAUUUGUGUACGUCGUGUGUGCGUGCUGGUGUGUGUGUGUGUGUGGCAUGUGUGCGUUUUCCGGUGUUUGCAUAAUAACUCGGGGGAAGGGGUGGGGGACCAGAGGGGUUUAACAUGAAUGGCAAGCACUUUUCUGCCUUGUUUGCCCACAUGUGAUUUAACCAACAUUAUUAAGACAAUUCUACUGUUUCUUAAAUACAUCCACAUGUAUACGUUCAGCUGUGUUUACAUGUUCAACAUCCAAAUGAAGAACACGCAGUGGAGAACUUCACCCUUUUUUUUGUGUGUGUAAUUUAAUCAUACAUUCUUCUGCAGGCAAGUGAAGUUGGACAUAUUUUAUUUUUCUCACUUCUAAGCAUGAACUCACACCCAUGGGUGCAGCUUGCCUUGCCUGUUUAUACAUUGAUAGCUGUACACUUAAACACUGGCUCAAAGAGUCCUUCAUCCCUCCUUUACUCUUAAUGUUGAUGUGCGCAUUAUUUUAUGUACCCAUGUUAAAAGAAAACUAAAUUAGUGUAUUCCAGAAAGAAAUUACUCAAAGAUUGUACUAUGUUUCCAGCAUUACCAAGGUACCUGGAGUGGUUCAAACUGUUUUUUAGCAUUUAUGGUUUUAUUAAUGGAACCGUAAUAUACACACAUGUAUGUAUAUUGGUAUGUAUCUAAGUUUUGUCUACCCCAACUUACAUUCCCACCAACAAAUGUUGCCAUUUUUAGUUCAAGGGAGCAAUGUACAAGCAGAGAAGUGUCUUAUUAUAAUAAAGUUAUACAGAGAAGGCAAAGUUAAAUAAACUACUUUUGAUUUAAUGGAAAAUGA